AUGCCGAACACUGUUUCAGCACUAUCAGCUCCUCCUACUCAGCGGACUCCACCACCACCACCAUCCCGACCUUUUGGAGAGCCAGAGAGGUACCAGAGCGGUGAUGAUUCCUGGUCCGCCGCUGAUAGUGACAAUGACCGUGCGGCUCAGAAUGAUUCGAGUGCCUCUCGAGCCCUGAAGCGCAAGCGCCCCCUCACUGUCUCAUGUGAGCUAUGUAAGCAGCGGAAAGUCAAAUGUGAUCGAGCUCAACCGAGCUGUGGGUGGUGCGCACGUAAUGGCCAGUUGUGCGAGUACAAGGAACGCAAGAAGCCCGGCCUUCGUGCGGGGUAUGGCAAGGAACUAGAACAGCGACUCGACCGCCUAGAGGAGGUAAUCCAGACUCAAGCUCGCCUCAUCGAGAAGCAUAUCAUCGGAGGUCAAUCGCACUUUGGCCAUGAUGCUACCCACCCCGCACCGUUCUCCUAUAGUUCGCCGUCAGAGCCUUCUGCAGCUCAUGGAACUAGUCCCAAAAAUGCCUUCUAUUUCCAGGAGCCAGCGUCAAUCCCGCAACCUCCUCGCCAAUCUGACGCCUCUAUCACAAGCCCCUCAGACAUGUCAGUCAGAAACACGAUCCCUAAUCACCUUCCAAAAAGCAUCUCUUCCACAACCCCAUUACCGCACAUGCCAAACAAUUCAACACAUCAUGAUUAUACAGGAAACGAAUCCUCCUUGAAGGUUCCGGUUUCAUUGUAUAACAGCCAAGAACAGUCGCUGGCAGACCCGGAACUCGAUCUUCCGCCCUACGAUCUACUUUAUGCACUAGUCGAUCUCUAUUUUGAGCACAUCAACACGUGGUGCCCCAUACUGCAUCGCAGGACCACACUCGAUACGUUCUUCGGGCCCUCUCCAUUGGAAGAAGCUGACCGGGUGGUACUUUAUGCCAUUGUUGCGACCACGCUUCGCUUCUCAAAUGACAGUCGACUCAACACGCAGAAUCGGAAGCGAUAUCAUGACUCUUCCAAACAGAAGGUGUUGUUUUACGGCUUGGAAAACUCCUCGGUCAAGGCGCUGCAAGCUCUGGUGAUAUUAGCUUUGGACUUGGUAGGCUCUUCCAACGGUCCCCCGGGGUGGAAGUUGCUUGCUCUAGUCACGCGAUCCGUGGUCCAAUUGGGUCUAGCCGUGGAGUCCAAAUCUUCACUCAUUGCCCCCUUAUACCCUUCAAUUUAUACCCUGCGCGCAGUCACUCUUCCAGAUCCUGAUAGCUGGAUUGAGGACGAGAGCAGGCGAAGAUUGUUUUGGAUGGUUUACCUGCUAGACCGAUACUCUACUAUUGCCACCGCUUUCGACUUCGCCUUGGAUGACAAGGAUAUAGACCGCAAGCUUCCAUGCAAAGAUGAAUAUUUCCAUAAGAACCAGCCGGUAGAGACUCGAUGGUUUCGCCACACCAGCGACCGUGCUGAUUAUAUCAGUCGCGCCGAGAACGUGGGAACUUUUGGACUCUAUGUGGAGAUACUAGGGAUACUUUCCCGAAUCCAUACCUUCUUGAAGAGACCUGUCGACAUAGGGGCACUUUCUGACGUCGAAGAAUGGCAAGUCAUGUACCGCAAACUCGACAAUGAACUCACGUCCUGGGAAUUCAACCUUCCUGCCGAGUAUGCCUAUGAAAACUCGUCCCGGCUCUUCAGUGGACCGAAGCACAGCCGCAGUCUUCAUUGUGACUGGGCUCAACUACACGCUACGUACCAAACGGCCGUGAUUCGGCUCCAUUCGUCGGCCGCCUACCCUACUACGCGUUCUCCAAUCUUUACUCCAUCGUACAGUGCAAGCCAAAGGUGCUUGCUGGCAGUCGACAACAUUCUUUCCGUGACCCGCUAUGUCGUGGAUAACAAUAUGCUAGACAAGAUGGGGCCUCCAUUUGCGUUCACUCUCUGGGUUUCUGCUCGCCUACUGCUUGUACACGGAUCUACUAUCGCCAACAUUGUUAGCCCCGACAUUAUUUUCUUCGUCGACACUCUUUCUCAGAUGGGGAAGUAUUGGAAAGUAGCAGAACGCUAUAGUUCCCUCUUACAGCGCGUUCUUGACGAAUAUGGCGAAUACCAGCAAUCUGCGGCUAACGAGGGCGAGCGCGUCACGCCAUCAUCUGUCAAGAUUCUAGCAGAUAUGCGCCGUUGUGCAUUCGAUCUCGACUUCCUCAUCUCAAGACAGCCACGCUCCUCCCCAGCUGGCAGCCAACCACCAGCCCCCGCAGCCGUGCCGGCACGCAACCUGGCUCCCAAUGAGCUAGAGUACCUGGAUGUGUUCGGUUUCUUCAAUGUUCCGCGUGUGCCCGCUGGCAGAGGACCUGAUAUCAUCAAUCUGGAUAUGGGUGACGCGGUCAACGAGCAGAUGCCCAUCAACGGCCUCGCUGGUACUGGCAACGUGGCAGACUCUGUGGUCGAUGGCACAAACACUAAUACGAACGAGUUUAACAUCACGAAUUAUUUGAUCCCAACACCAGAGACAGACUGGCUUUUCCGGCCCAGCGGAUGA